AUUUCCAAUCCACCCUUUCUCUCUCCCCCUUCGCCGUCGCCGGCCGGCCGGAGAGAGGGGCACGCGGCGGAGCGAAGAUGAUGAUGACCCGGGCCUCCAUGGGGGCCAUGGAGGGCGCGGCGGUGGACGAGAUCGUGCGGCGCCUGGUCGACGGCGGCCGCGGCGGGCGCCAGGUGCAGCUGUCGGAGGCGGAGAUCCGGCAGCUCUGCGUCGACGCCAAGCGCGUGCUCCUCUCCCAGCCCAACCUCCUCCAAAUCCGCGGACCCGUCAAGAUCUGCGGUGAUAUUCAUGGUCAAUUUGUUGAUCUUCUGAGGUUGUUUGAUUUGGGUGGUUAUCCUCCAACUUCAACUUACGUAUUCCUCGGAGACUAUGUAGAUAGAGGCAAACAGAGCUUGGAAACUAUAUGCUUGCUGCUGGCAUACAAAAUAAGGUAUCCUGACAAGGUUUUCCUGUUACGGGGGAACCAUGAAGAUGCAAAAAUCAACAGAGUUUAUGGUUUCUAUGAUGAAUGCAAGAGGAGGUUCAAUGUUCGGCUGUGGAAGAUAUUCUCUGAUUGCUUCAACUGCCUGCCUAUUGCAGCACUCAUUGACGACAAGAUAUUGUGCAUGCAUGGUGGCCUUUCACCUGAACUGGAUAACCUAGACCAAAUAAAGGAUAUUGAGAGGCCGGCUGAAAUUCCUGAUUACGGUCUCCUGUGUGAUUUGCUUUGGUCUGAUCCUAGCCCCAGUGGAGAAGGAUGGGGGGAGAGCGACAGAGGUGUUUCAUAUACGUUUGGCGCAGAUAAACUUAUAGAGUUCUUGGAGAAGAAUGAUCUUGAUCUUAUAUGCCGAGCCCAUCAGGUGGUAGAAGAUGGUUAUGAGUUCUUCGCACAGAGGAGAUUAGUCACAAUCUUCUCAGCUCCAAAUUAUUGCGGGGAAUUCGAUAAUGUAGGUGCUCUGCUGAGCAUAGAUGAAAACCUAAUGUGUUCAUUUCAAAUAUUGAAGCCAAAUGAACCAGGCACACCACGUGUAAGAAGACAAAUUCCGAAUAAGCCAGCAAUUGCGGAAAGCGCCUGAAGAACAUCAAAUUCCUUCAAUAUUAUUAUUGUCAGCUCGAAGGGGGUGAUCUGAUCUAUUGUUUAGAUCCACGGGGCGUGGCAAUAUGCAUCCACCAGGCAAUCAUCUUGCUUAACCACCUUUAUUGCUGAGCAUUUGGUAAAUGUCAAUUGUUUCUGCACUCGCUCUUCUGUACAGAAUUAGUCCGGAUUCAGCAGCACCAUCUGUUCUGACUGUUCUUCCUGCCGGCACAGCAUCUUUUUUAUAGUUACUUUUGUGAUUUAUAUUUUUCUGUGGAUGUGGAUAGCUUUCCUUUUUUGAUAGUUAUAUUUGUCGUGUACUAUUUGACUGAUGUUUGUAGUUGAUGUAUCAACCAACUGUUUCUUCUGUACGAUCUGUGGUUUGUGAAGAAAGGUCUCAGACGAUGUGGCUUCUGACUUCUAUCUAUUGUUUCUUCUCUC